CCUGAUAUAGUAAUACAUAAACACGCUCGCGAUAAUUAGCGAGCAAUAGUUGUUAGUAUAUAACUAUAUAUGUAUAGUGUGGGAGGUGUGGUGUGAGCGACGGUAACUCCGGGAGACACUUGGAGCAGCGACCAACACCAUCCACCCCCCCUAACCUCGCCUUCCUCUGACAAUUACGUACUUACUUAUCACUAGCGUCCGUCUACACAGUCUUGGAGGAAAAAUGUCUUCACUGUUAGAUGAAGGUAGCAGUCCACCGGACAAUAAGGCUGGAUCAGAACACAAAGGCAAUGAAACAUCCGAGUCUUAUUUUCCUAAGCUAAAGGAUAACAAUCACGAUAGACGAAGAUUUUUGUUUAUGAUUGGAGCCAUAAUUGCUUGUGUUAUUCUUGGAGUUGUGCUGAUCACAAUCAUUGUGGUCCUUGUUUAUUCACAAUCCUCAUCUUCCCUAAAAGAAGUUAUGACAGGUUUGGCUGUUGUACCUCAAGAAAUAAGUUUUAAUCCUCAUGAUCCCAGCUCUUAUGAAGAUGAAGUGGCAGCUCUCAACAAAUUCAUGUUAGAAUAUAAUAAAUUCAAAUCUGGUAAAGAGGUGGUUGAAUGCAGUGAUGACAAACCUGCUCCUGAUGGCAAGUUCUGCUACUUUGACAAUAGCUGGAUCUACAGUAUCUGUCCUCCGGUUUCGGACUGGAACUAUGGAAGCAUGAAUCCGUGUGUGUUGCUCAGUCUUUGGAAGGUCUCAAAAUCUAUUCAAGUAUAUGAUAAAUAUGAAGAGUUGCCUGAAACUAUGCCAGACAAACUUAAGGAUCACAUAUGGGUCAGAUACAAUGAGAAUAGUGAGAAGAUGCCUAAGAAUAUAUGGGUGUCAUGCACAAAUGAAGAGAGGUACACAGACCCUGCUCGGGGCUUCCCAGCAUACUACCUGCCACAUCCUAAUAGUUCUGACUAUUUGCCUCCAUUGGUAGGAGUGGUUCUCAACCUUGAAGGCAAAGCCAACAACACAGAGGAAAUUGAAUGUAAACUGUGGGCCAAGAAUAUUAACCAUAAGAUAGAUAAGUUUGCCACAGUCAAGUUCACUGUAUUAGUGAAGAGUGAUUGAAGCUUUGACAUAAAGAAAAAACAAAAAAAAGAGACCAACAUGCCAACAUAUUAACAGUGAAGAUGAAACCUUUUAUGAUGGAUAUGCAGUGGCACACAUCUUGAAAAUCGUUAAUAUUACUUACUCAUGUGACACAAUUUCUAAAAUUCAGCAUAAGCUCAGGUUCGUCUCCACUUCUUUUAAAGGUCCAAUAUAACACAUAUAAAGGGCAACAGAUUCAAGCUCAACAAGCCACAAUGUAGAAAAGAAAAUAAGAUAUGCAUUUCACCUAUGGGGUUAUAAACCCAUAUAAGCACCUACCUACAGAAGCCGUAAAUACUGAGACCAUUCUUUUGGUUUAAAAUCCAAUUUGGAAAAAAUCCUCAAGAACAAUGAGUGACCUUUUAAGAAGCACCACUAGGGAGAUAGUGGCCCUCAUGUAAAUUCAGUUCAGGGGCAUCUGUACAAAGUAGGGAUUGCUGAACAUAAAGGAAACACUAAAAAUUAAAAAUACAAAUUUAAUGUUCAAUGUAAUGAAACACUAAAAAGUUUGUCUUGCAUCUUGUGGGUCUCUAGGUGGCUUCUCAAGCUACCCACCUGGACUCCCUCAGGGGUGCUGUCUUGACAUGGUGAUGGGGUUCUUGUGUGCUGCCUAUGGGUUGGUAUGGGUGGCUUCUGUUCUCUUCUGCCUAUUGUGAUGAUGCACAAGUAAAGUACCUCCUGCCCCCAUGUAACUUCACCACCUGUUUUUUUUUUUACUAUGCAUGGAAACCUGUAUAUUCCUCCUUGUUCUUUUAUCUGAUCAUUUACUUGCAU